AUGAUCUCUCACUUUUUGCACUCUCUCCCGCCCCUCCCCAUGGCUAGCCAGCAGAAGGUCCUGCGCCGCUCCCCACCCGUCACGCGCGGCCUGGAGCGCCGCCGCGUAGGGGAGGUCGCGGGCAAUAUCACGGCGGAUUGCGCCGCUGUGUGCUGCUGUGUCCCCUGCACGGUCAUGGAUGUGGUGGUCCUCGCCGCCUACAAAGUCCCCGCCGGGCUCGUCAGGAAGGCCAGGAAGCGACGCCACCUGAAGAAGAAAACCAAGGGCCUCUUGGAUCACGGGCCCGAUUAUGUUUAUGGGCCCGGGCCCAUGCUGGAGGAGCAGCUAUCACAAGACGAGGAGGAAGACAUGUUGGAGGCCAACCAUCUGGAAGAGGAGAUGUGGGCCCAGUUCCACGGAACGGGCUUCUGGAGAAGCGCUUCUCAGCGCCACGAAGAGCAACAAAUAGGGGAAUGCCAUUGUCAUGUCCAAUGA